CUUUCGCGUUGUGCAGUUCCUGGUUAUGAGCUUUGCCCGUCCGCGCUAUGUGAUCGUUGGUGCAGUGACAGCUCGUUGCCUUAGCGAAGCUACGGACUGCGGUGACUUUUCUCCCUCUGACCGCUCGACAUAGUUCCCUUCCACCUCGGUUCCACAGAUAGCGAGCGGACCGUCCGCUGUAGAGACGAAGAAUCCGCUCAUCGGAGCUGAUAGCGGCUGCCCCACCAUGGCUGAGCCAGAGCUCCUGCUGGACUCCAACAUCCGCCUGUGGGUGGUUCUGCCCAUCGUCUUCAUCACCUUCCUCGUGGGAGUGAUCCGACACUACGUCUCCAUCCUGCUGCAGAGCGACAAGAAGCUCACGCUGGAGCAAGUCUCCGACAGCCAGGUUCUCAUCAGAAGCAGAAUCCUGAGAGAAAAUGGAAAGUACAUUCCCAAACAGUCCUUCUUGAUGAGGAAGUUUUACUUCAACAACCAGGAGGAUGGGUUCUUCAAAAAGACCAAACGAAAGGUGGUCCCCCCUUCCCCAAUGACAGACCCCACCAUGCUGACUGACAUGAUGAAAGGCAACGUGACCAAUGUUCUCCCCAUGAUCCUUAUUGGGGGAUGGAUCAAUUGGACUUUCUCAGGGUUUGUCACAACCAAGGUACCAUUCCCUUUGACAUUACGUUUUAAGCCCAUGCUGCAGCAAGGAAUUGAGUUACUUUCUCUGGAUGCCUCAUGGGUGAGCUCAGCGUCCUGGUAUUUCCUGAAUGUGUUCGGCCUGCGCAGCAUGUACUCUCUAAUCCUGGGACAAGACAAUGGUGCGGACCAGUCCCGAAUCAUGCAGGAACAAAUGAGUGGUGCAGCUAUGGCUAUGCCAGCUGACACUAACAAGGCUUUUAAGGCUGAAUGGGAGGCCCUGGAGCUGACUGACCACCAGUGGGCGCUAGAGAACGUGGAGGAGGAGCUAAUGAGCAAGGACUUGGACCUGGAUGGAAUGUUCAGCAGCGAGCUGCCAACCGGAAUAUUCUGAUCAGCUUCGAAGUACUGGAGAGAGUUGCCACAGGGUUUGGUUAAGGGACCUUAUUAGCUAGUUAGAGAAGACUCGUCCAAGGCAGAGCUGCUAGAAGGAAGGAUGGAAGACUGAGUGUUGUUGGGCACUGUUGAUAGAGAGGUGUCAGCUUGAGGUCCACGUGUUGAAAACCAACAAAGCAGUUACACCUCUUGUUGAAGACCCAUUCAAAGUAUGCAUCACAACUACUAACCUCAUGCAAGAAGUCAUUUUAGUACCCCUUAAGCUACCAGCAUUACUUCGAUGAAAAGAUGUACAUUUUUGCUUAGAAUUUGUCAUGGCAGUACAUAUCUUAAAGGUGGUUUCAUUAUGUAUGGUAACGCGAACAGUUUUGUUCACUGAACAUGACCCUACCUGUGGAUUUUGGAGAGGAUGCUAUUGAGAAAGGAACAUUUUAUGCAGCUCUUAGUGUAAUGAUGAACUGUACAGGGGUUUGGAGGAGAAGUUUGGCCAUGUCUCUUAUCUAACUCCCAUCUUUUCUGAUGCUGCCUCUUUUUUUUUUUUUUUUUUUGUUUGUUCUCAGUGUUUUUGCCUCAUGUAACGGCGACAUUCCCCUUGUAACGUGUUUGAAUUGUAGAGCCGAAAGCGGUCCUGGUGCUCGGCCAACCGCUUAUGUGACUUCUUCAAAUGUGCUAGACGUCAGUGGUCGUUUGCUGCAUUGUGCUUCUUUUAUCUCCCCAUACUUUUUGUAAUUUCACCCAUGUUUUGUAAAGAGACUGUUUUGACAAAAUCUGCUUGAGUUUGAGGUUUUUCUUUGCUCCUACAGCACUAGUGCUACAAAGACACACGUGGGUGAGUCGUGUCGCUGCCGUGUGUGUGGAUUAUGAGCGCCGGACUGGACUACACACGUUACUGUACUGUGGUUCGGCUGCUUCGUGGUCAACAUGGCACCUGUUAGCAAUAUACAGUAUCAUUUUGGACUUGGCUGAGCAAUAAAUAAUAAUAAUUAAAAGGAAAAA